AUGCUUGAAGCCGACAGUGUGGAAAAUGCAACAGCCGAUACACUGCAAGCCAACACAAAAAUUGAGAAAGAAGACGAAGAUAUUGCCCGACCUGAGGCGACCUUUCGGUUCACUGUCCAAAAUAUUAGCCAGCUCAAAGAGCAAGUUUUAUCUCCGCCGUGUUAUGUGAGAUGCUUGCCAUGGAAGAUUCUAGUGCUCAUUCGGAAUACUACAACCCCGGAUCGUCAACCUCAAAAGGCUUUGGGAAUUUUCCUUCAAUGUAACGGGGAUUGCGAUUCCCCAGGAUGGUCUUGUUAUGGCGUGGGAGAAUUAAAACUCCUCUCGUACAAGCCUGAUGGAGAACAUUUGUGUAGAAAAUUACAUCAUAUGUAUCAUUGCAAAGAAGAUGAUUGGGGAUUUGCGCAUUUCAUAUCUUGGAAGGAAUUAUUGGAUCCCGAUAAUGGCUUCGUGAAAGACGAUUCUAUAACUAUUGAAGCGCACGUUGUAGCAGAAGCUCCUCACGGGGUUUCUUGGGACUCUAAGAAACAUACUGGAUACAUAGGCCUCAAAAAUCAAGGCGCUACGUGUUAUAUGAAUUCUCUAUUACAAACUUUAUUCUUUACUAAUGUACUUCGUAAGGCAGUUUAUAAAAUACCUACUGUAGGAGAUAAUAGUUCUAGAUCAGUUGCUUUUGCUCUUCAAAGAGUUUUCUACGAUCUGCAGUUUUUGGACAAACCUGUCGCUACUAAGAUACUUACUAAAAGUUUUGGUUGGGAAACGCUGGACUCUUUCAUGCAACAUGAUGUACAAGAAUUUUUACGAGUACUUUUAGAUAAACUAGAAAAUAAGAUGAAAGGUACUGUAGUAGAAGGUACAGUGCCUAAACUGUUUGAAGGGAAAAUGACAUCUUUCAUCAAAUUUUAUGAAUCAUUUAAAGAUUACAUCAGCAUAGAAUUACUUGAUGGUGAAAACAAGUAUGACGCUGGAGAGCAUGGCCUACAAGAGGCAGAGAAAGGAGUCCGAUUUGAUGUGUUUCCGCCUAUACUACAUUUGCACUUAAUGAGAUUCCAAUACGAUCCCAAGAGUGAUGCCUCUAUUAAAUUUAAUGAUCGAUUUGAGUUUUAUGAAGAGAUCAAUCUAGAUCAUUACCUACAAGAAAUACCUAAGAACCCCGCUCACUAUACCUUACACGCCGUGUUGGUACACUCUGGUGAUAAUCACGGCGGGCAUUAUGUUGUGUUUGUCAACCCCAAGGGCGAUGGAAAGUGGUUCAAGUUUGACGACGAUGUAGUAUCUCGGUGCAGCAAACAAGAAGCCAUAGAGUAUAACUUCGGUGGAAAGGAGGACGCACCAUAUCUAGCACGACGGUCCACUAGCGCUUACAUGCUUAUUUAUAUACAGACUUCUGAACUAAAAUAUGUAUUGCAAGACGUAACAGAAAACGACAUACCCACCGAUUUAUGUGAACGAAUCAACGAAGAGAUGCGAUACGAGAUGGUAAGGACAUGUAAAUAUCAAGCCUUAGAAUCGUUA